CUUGGCGGCGUGAUCCUCUCUCUCUCUCUCUCUUUCUCCUGCUGCUGCGACUUCGCCAUGGCCAGCUUCGACGCCAUCGACCUGCUGCUGCGCUACGAGACGCCGCUCGUCAAGGACAUGGAGCCGAGCGACGACGUGCUCGAGUGGGUGGCCGCCUACGUGGGCGGCGACGACUUCCAGGAGGCCAUCAACAACUUCUGCGCCGCGCACGUGAGCCACUUCGGCAUCCUCCUCACCAAGGGAGGACCCUCCGCCGCCGACCUGGACCAAGUCGAACCGAAGUGGAAGGAGCUGCACGAGGCCUUCAUCGACACGGCCAACAGCCACAUCGAGGCCUUCCUGGUCGAGCGCGGCUUCACCAUGGACCAGUACAACGCGCGCUGCGACGAGGAGAUCGCGCUGUCCGAGGAGCGGCAGCGGCACACGCGCCUGAGCUUCUUCGUGCAGAUCCUGCUGGCCUGCUGCGAGUAUGAGCAGUUCCUGAACCUCAUGAAGCGCGUGGCCGACCCCGAGUACUACGACAAGAAGGAGCUGCAGUACGAGGCCGAGCACCUCGUCUACGAGGCCGAGGAGCGGGGCGCCACCAACGCCGAGCGGGCCGUCGGCGCGCAGGCCUUCCUGGACUUCUUCCAGGCCAACCCGGACUUGACGCUGGACGAGCUCACGCAGGAAUUCCAGAAGAAGAUGCAGCUCACUUGAGGCCGCGCGCGGCUGCCCCAUCGAGCCUGUUUGUAUCAUG